AUUUGUCAGCGGCUUGGGCUUGGCCGGGCUGACCAGUGGCGAGAGUAUGGAAGAGCUGACCUGGUGUGAGGACGACACCAAGGAAUCAAGGAUGACAGUGAAUCUGAAUAACUUCGAGAAGUAACACUGGGAGGUUGUGGGACAACCUGCGGGCCGUGCACGACUGGAGCUGAGUAGAGAAGAAUUGGUAGCAGUCCUGGUCCUCUACAAUUCAACCACCGCUUUACAUACGACGAAGUUACGUGUGGGAGAGUGGACCAGUACGUCUAGUGCAUCAGUCUGAGAAGGCAUGCUAACAUCAGUCUCAGUCUAGCCUCGGUGGAGGAACACCUGGUGAACUGCGCGACGCAAGAGUGUGUGCGAGCGUUACGAGGAGCAGCCCGACGCCUCUACGCACGAGUAACGAGCAGCUACUCGACGCGGAAUCUACAUCAGCAGUUUACGAUCUAUAAGUCACCACCACCACCACCAUGAGACGCUCCAGCCUCCUCACCACCACAGUCCUCGUGGUUGUUGUCGUCAUAUUCCUGCAGGGAACUGCAGGGGCCCCCAGGUGCAGCAGGCAGGGCGGCAGGGCUCCGCCUCACAACUGCAAAUAUGGCACAGUUUCAGACUGGUGUGGCAACCCAGUGUGCGCCAAGGGCCCUGGGGAGACGUGUGGCGGGGAGUGGGGUGAGAACGGGGCGUGUGGCGCCGGCACCUACUGCUCCUGCGGCUUCUGCUCUGGUUGCUCUGCCAACCUCGAGUGUUGGUUCGGCAACUUCUGCUAGAGUCUAGCUCCUGGUGUCCCGCUCGUGACGCAGUUCCUCAGUGUCGCCUUCUCCUUGGGCUUCACAGUAGCCUUCUCUCUUCCCAGUGCGGAAGGUAGAGAAUGGCACUGGCGCCAGGCCUCUCCUAUCACCCUGGCUCAGCCUGACCACACGACUAGUGCCUCAAGCAUCAGGCGUGGUGCCUCCCAUGUGGCACUCAUGUCCUCCACUCCCAUACUGCAUUUGUAUACAAAAAUUUUUGUGUUAAUAAUUAAGAGGCGGGACUGACGCACUCUGGGAUCUAUGUGUUGUCAGCGGCCGCCACCACCCAAGUCUUAACGGCGCUACACAGCUGUCAGGCGUCACCACCCAAGUCUUAACGGCGCUACACAGCUGUCAGGCGCCACCACCCAAGUCUUAACGGCGCUACACAGCUGUCAGGCGCCACCACCCAAGUCUUAACGGCGCUACACAACCGAAUAUUUUUCCUGCAUACACCUCCGAUUAAUGGUUAUGUAUCUAUAAUUAAUGGUGAACCUAUAAUUAAGUGUACCUAUAAUUAUUAGGGUAUGUAUACUCCUCAUUUUUACAUUGUUCAUACAUAUUAAUGGUGACCAUUUUGUUAUGUGCGUAUUUGCCUUUGUGAUAAACAGAGUACAAAUAAUAAUAAUAAUAAUAAUAAUAAUAGUAAUACACAAGGAAAUCACAUUACCAUGAUGUAUCAAUGAGAAAAUCAGUUUGUGCAUUUGAAGUGGUUGUUGGAACCACACCAGCUUUGGAAUCAAGACGGACACUGUAGUGUGUAAUGUGGUAUCAGUGUAUAAAUGUGGUACGUGUCUGUAAAUCAGUGUGUAAUGUAUGUACCUGAUCUACCGAAUGGUAUAAGUCCAAUACGCCCAGUACUAUCCCUUACGGGCUCACCAUAGCCCGUGCUACAUGGACAUUUCGUUCAGAGUAGCUAAAUCUAAAAAACAACAACAACAGUACUAUCCCAUUCACUUGAGAAUGAACCAUGUAGGCUCGAAACGUUGUGUAAAUUUAUAAUAAGUAUAAUACAUUCAACAAUUAA